AUGUUAACCUUAAGGAGGGGACUGGCCGCGUCACGAGCCCUUCGGAGGUUUUCAACCAAGCCCCAUCUGACUCCGCCAGCAAACCUUUCUGAGGGAGAAAAGUUGAUAUUUAAUAAAUUGACCGACAAGUUUUCGCCAACUGAGCUUGCCGUGCAGGACAUUUCAGGAGGCUGCGGCGACUUUUAUGCCAUUCAAAUAGCAAGUGAGGCAUUUAAAGGCCUUUCAACCUUGAACCAACAUCGACUUGUGACACGAGUACUGAAACAAGAAAUUGAAGGAAUCCAUGGGUUGCAGGUCAGGCGUCGAUGUAGUUAA